CUAAAUCCUUACACAUUUAAAGACAGAAAUUUAAAAACAUGCACACACUGCAGUCAUUUAUCGAAUUUGUCUAUACCGCUGGAAGUAGAUGACAAAUUAAGUUAAUCAAAAUAAUGUAUAUCAUCAUAACAAUUUGGAUUAUACUUGUUUAUCCAUAUACAACAGUACAUGCACAAUGCAAUAUCACAUUAAAUACAUUAGAAGAUAAGGAGGCUGAUUGUAAACACCAGGGAUUUACAUCUGUUCCGACAAAUUUACCGCCUGAUUUAAAGAUAUUAGAUUUAAGUUAUAAUAGACUGACCAGAUUGGGUGACAACAGUUUUCAUAGAUAUAAGUAUCUAGAACAACUUAUACUUGAUAAUAAUAUUAUGAAUUUUUUGGAUGCGAAGGCUUUCACCGGAUUAUCAUUAUUACGACGGUUGUCCAUGGUAAAAAAUCAAUUAAACGUGUUUACAUCUUACCCACCUGGAGUGUUUGAAUCCUUACAGAAUUUAUCAGCUUUAGAUGUCAGUAGAAAUAUGAAAACACCAGAAUACAACCCGUAUAGAAUUCCCGUUGGUGAACUCUGUAACCUGUGUGAGCUGUCAAUUGAUCUUGUGUUGAACGCAACGUUUGGACAGCAAUUUAGGAAACUACACAAUUUACGAAAGUUGAGAUUUGACUAUUGCCACGUUGAUAUUUUAUACAAUGAGACAUUUUCAGAUAUGCCGGUUAAUAUAAAUGAAUUCCACAUGACAACUUGUAAACAUUUUGUCGUCAUUGAAGUUGGAGUUUUAGUACCAUUUCCUCAUCUAAAAGUACUGAAUCUUACUAACAGCAAUAUUCACUUAACUCAGGCUCUCAGAAUUGUACAACCGUUUCAAAAUAAAUCAAUGGAUGCAAUUCUUUUUCGUGGAAUAACUCAUGGUAAUAUCAAACACGACCUUGACGCGGUUGUUCUUACACAGGAUAUGAUGAAAUACAUAUCAACUAUCUGUAUAACGACCUUAGACUUUUCUGACAAUCAGAUUAUUUCAGUUAAAAACAAUUCAAUAGUUUCGUUUAAACAUCCGCAGUGCUUUGAACAUAUAAUGGUAUCAUCUAAUAGUUUUAGUUUAGAAACUUGGGCAGUUAAUCUUUUCUUGUUUGUAUUCAGAAUGACCAACAUCAAAAUGUUUGAUUUCUCCUAUUUUCCACUAAGGUUCAAAAACCCAGUUUUCCUUGACAUCGUGACGAAAAAUAACCAUACAACAAUCGAAAGACUUGAAUACAAAGGCAGAUUAGAGAUACAGGAUAUAACAGUUACGGUUCCGAACCAAAUGCAAUUUGUGAGAAUAGCACAUGUAAUGGGUAGAAAUGGCUUCAGGGAAAUAAAAGUAAUAAAUAGCUCCCUUCGGCAACUCGAAGUUUCUUAUUUUGAAACCGAUGUUUUCCCGAUUUUGACUGUAGAAGGAUUUAAUAGAUUGGAGCAUCUGGAUUUGUCAGGAAUAAGUUCCGAUAUUACAAUUGGGGCGGGGAAAAUUCCACUUUUAAUCCAUUUGAAAACACUCAUCUUGAAGGAAACAAAAUUGUACCUCGUUUUACAAACUAAUUCAUCAAUAUCAAGUCUUUGUCCUAAUAUAAAGAAUUUGGAUAUAUCAUAUAACUAUAUGUGGAAAAUGAAUUCGCUUUGGCAACUGCCGCAUUUAACACAACUCAAUCUAUCUUAUAACUUGUUUGAUGAUGUUCCUGAUGUAGUUACAAAGUUUGAUAGCCUUACUGACCUCGAUUUAUCACACAAUCAAUUAACUACAAUUCGGAAAAAUAUACUUAGUUGGAUUGAUACCCAGCAUACCAACUUUUGAACUUUUAAAUUAUAUCUCAGUAAUAACCCAUUGAUUUGUUCAUGUGAUACAACAAUAUUUUUGCGUUGGAUUCUGACAACUAAAGUAAAGUUAGAUAAAAAUGGAAACUACUCUUGUUGGGUUUCUUCGCUUAAAACAAUCAACUAUACCAGAAAUGUCGCUGAAGACUUUCAUCAUUAUUUCGUUGACUGUGAUUCUACCGUUUGGAUCAAAUUAGGCAUUUCGUUAUUGGUUUCUGUUUUAUCAACUUUGAUUUGUAUUACGCUAUUGUACAAUUUUAGAUGGAGGAUAAUUUUCUUUUUCUUCCGAAAUAUCCGGAGAUUUGCAGAGAAAGGUCUUGAGCUAACUUUUGAUUAUGACGUUUACGUUUCAUAUUCGGAUGAUUGUAUUUCUUUUGUGAAAGAAUUGCAAAAGAAAGUAGAAGAUGAAUGGGGUUUCAAAAUUUGCUUCGAAGAUAGAGAUUUUAUUGUAGGUGAAUCAAUAGCUACCGAAAGAGCUACUUCUAUUCAUAGAUGCAGACACGUUAUAUUUCUUGUCUCGCCAUCAAUUGUCGAAAAUGAAUGGACUCGUUUUGAAAUCGAGCGAGCAAAGUAUGAAAAGUUUUCCAAAAAUCUGCAGAAGAUUGUUGUUAUUACAAGAGAUAUCCCUUUGGAUAAUAUUCCCGUAGAAUUUUCCACCAUUUGGAAAGAUGUACUUUUGAUUCAAUGGCCAUUCGAGAAGGAGGCAGUCCAAAUGGCUUGGCAAAAGCUUCGACUUUGGUUCUUUUGAAGUAUCUUUAAGGUAAAAAUGUCCAGCUUAACAUUCAUGAUACACUUUUAUGCGUGUGCGUAGCUUUUCACAUCUUUAUUCAUGUUAUAGUAUUUAAUCUAAACAGUUUGUAUCAUUGCUUAAACAUGGAAAUAAAAGGCAUAGCAGAGACAUGAUAACCUAUCUUGCUUUGAAAAAAUAUGUAUUAUAAAGAACUGUAUAUACCUGUGUGCAUUGUAUCAAUUAACCCACAUAGUAGAUUUUGUUUGUAUUAUGUUGCUGGUUAGAGCUGUAAAUUUGAACUUGUUUAAUCGGGGGUAUUUUAAUAGGUGGGACCCAGUGGACCGCCUAAUCCCCAAAUGUUGUUAAAGCUCAAAAUUAAAUGUGCACUCUACAUGUCAACUGAUAACUUUGAUUAUGGAUAUCAAAUUAUUCACACUCUAAAAUUUGGCUUUUCAAGUUUGGUAAAGAAAUUUGUACAUUGUUAUUUUUUUACCAACAUUUGUCAAAGUCUUAACUUAGCUCUUAUUUGUAACAGUACUUACUUCAUUAGGUUGUGUUUAUAUAAUUUUGAGCUAAACUCGGUGUGGUGUUAGUGUCAUCAACGCGUAAACUAAACUCAUCUACGUUCCCAUUGAUAAAAGUCAAUGAAGGGCUUGUGUGGGUUAAGUGUACAUACAACUAGAUAUUAAGAAGAGAAUUUUUUUAUAAAUAUUUAAGGAAGAAACCUAUUUGAAAUAAAAUGAUUCUAAAUAUAUUAUGAAUUGAGUCAUAUACCAAUUCAUUUGUCCAAAACUCAAAAUAUUGAUCAGCUAUUAAAAACGAUCAGAUAGCUUUACUUACCUCUUUUUGGACUCGACGUUAUCAUCAAACACAUCAUUCAUUGGACAUUGUCUUACCGAAUUGAGUGGACUAUUUCAGAAUAAGGGGCAUUAAUACAUGUAUAGUUGUUUGAUUGAGUGUUGUUUGCUUUACACCGAGUUGCAAAUAUUACAUGCAUGUUCAGUAACAAAUUAACAAUUAAUACAAUAGGCCCUACAAUAGGGAGUCUCCCUUGAUGAAAGGGGGAUUUAGAAUGCUAAUGUAAAAUAAGGAUAUAUGUGGUAUGGACAUAAUUUAAGACUUGCAACAGGCUACCUACAAAUCCCUGAAAGGGUUGUUGCAAGGGUUCUUAACUGCAAAAAGAGUGGCACUCUUUCUACACGAGGCAACGGAUUUAACUCUGAUCGGACGUUACUUUGAAUUUAUACAUCCCGCACAGAUAAAAAAAUCUAUGGCAAGGGUUUUACUGUUGAAAGAAGACUAAGGGAAGAACAUAUUCCUAUAUCCCAAUCAAUACUUAGGAAAACAUAUUGAUUUCAGCAGAACCAUGUGAAGAACCAAUUUAAAAGUAUGUGUAGAAAAAAUAUGUUUCAUAUAUUUGAAUGGCUAAGUUUUAUUAUAAAAAAAGUGUACGUGAACUUUCUUGUAACAGAAAAUCUUUUAUAUUAUCAAAAUCUUCCUUUAUGUACUGCUAUUGAAUUAUUGUCUUCCCGUAAUGAUCUUUACUACGUGAACUCUCGUUAGAGCUUCGGCCACCGCACAGCGUAAGUGCGAGGGGAAAACCCUGAUGUAAACAAACGUUCACUGAAAGGUAAAUUGUAAUAACUGAUUCUUAAAGAACAAAUUUAAUACAACAAAUCAUUUAACACUGUUAAAGAAAAGUUUAAGUGCCAAUCUGCCUAAGAAUUAGGAAGUGGUGAAAACAUGACAAACAAAAACCCACUCAAGUUUACAUUAAUUAAUGUUCAAAAUGUAUAAUGGUGCACGAAUAUAACUUUCGUUUACUUUUUUCUAAUCUGGUAAUUCAAGAUAUAAUUUGGUUGAAAUGUACUAGAAAUUAACAAUUAAGGGGAGCUAACUCCGUAAUUUGCUAUUAUUCUAACCAAAAGUCAUCUAGAGAUUUUUCGAAUUACCAGAAACGCAAAAAUGAAAGACUUACCAUUUCUAACUCAGGAUGAGGGUAACUUCAAAAUAGGAUGGUUUGGUCGGUGUGUUUUUUCGGCCAUGUUUUUGAUUUUUAAAUUGCCUGAUUCAUACAAAGACUGGCACUUAAUAAAAAAUGGGAACGCAUGAAAAAUAAAAAAAAUAAAAUAUAUUAUGACUCUAUUAUUUAACUUAUUUUGCAUGUACUCAACAUGCUCUGUGUUGGCUGUUUACUAAUAUCACGAUCUGGUUAACAUCGGCAACAAACUCGAAAGUUAAUUAUCUUGCGAUCAACAAUCAUUGAAUAAAAUAUAAUUUGUCGAUAAUACGUUAUAGAUUCGUAAUUUAUAUUAAAAUCGAAAAUAUAAGACUUAGUUUAGUAUAUAUGCAUGCAUUGGUUCAUUUACAUUAAUCCUUCAUGUAGUUUACUCGUGUAAACAAAUCUCACGUACAGGUAAUUAUUACCGGUGUACAGAUGAGAACAAAUUUGGUGUUAAAGCAGCGUUCAUUACACGACCAUCAUUGCAAACAGAUUACAGUAUGCGACGUUUUGUGUAAGUACGGAAAGAGCGUCGAGGAACAAAAUGACAUGUUGGCGUCACCCUCACAUGUAAUAGUAAAUCUAUAUAAUUUUAUAAAAAAAUAAAGGUAUAUUAAUGUAGUUUUUUUAAAGAGACAAGUGCCUGUGGUCAAUCUGCAAUAUCGUAAUUUUUAUGCACAAAAAAAGAAACAAAAAAAAAACAAAACAAAA